AUGGAGAACACAGUCAGAAACAGUUCUGAUUUUGUUUACCUGAGUCGGUUCUCCAGUCCCGCCAUGCUGUUCAACAGCACGAUGUGUCGGAACCAGACGGACGGUAACAACACCUCGCGGUGUGAGCCGGACCGCGCAGCGACCGGCAACUUCGACGGCGGCGACACAACUCCGGUGAUCAUCGCGAUUGUCAUCACCGCGCUCUACUCCAUCGUGUGUGUUGUCGGGCUGGUGGGCAACGUGUUGGUCAUGUAUGUCAUCAUUAGAUACACCAAGAUGAAGACAGCCACCAACAUCUACAUCUUUAACCUUGCGCUGGCGGACGCGCUGGCCACAAGCACGCUGCCCUUCCAGAGCGUAAACUACCUGAUGGGCACCUGGCCCUUUGGCGACGUGGUCUGCAAGAUGGUGCUGUCCAUCGACUACUACAACAUGUUCACCUCCAUCUUCACGCUCACCACCAUGAGCAUCGACCGCUACAUCGCCGUGUGCCACCCCGUCAAGGCGCUGGACUUCAGGACGCCGCAGAACGCCAAGAUCGUCAACAUCUGCAACUGGAUCCUCUCCUCGGCCAUCGGCCUGCCCGUCAUGUUCAUGGCCUCCACCAUCCUGACCCAGCCAAACUCCGACAUUGUCGACUGCAACCUGGUGUGCCCCUACCCCUCCUGGUACUGGGAGACCCUGCUGAAGAUCUGUGUCUUCAUCUUCGCCUUCAUCAUGCCCGUCCUCAUCAUCACUGUGUGCUACGGCCUGAUGAUCCUGCGGCUGAAGAGCGUGCGCAUGCUGUCUGGCUCCAAGGAGAAAGAUCGGAACCUGCGUCGGAUCACGCGCAUGGUCCUGGUGGUGGUGGCCGUCUUCAUCAUCUGCUGGACGCCCAUCCACAUCUUCGUCAUCAUCAAGGCCCUGGUGAACAUCCCCGACUCCCUGCUGCAGACGGUCACAUGGCACUUCUGCAUCGCCCUGGGCUACACCAACAGUAGUCUGAACCCCGUGCUCUACGCCUUCCUGGACGAGAACUUCAAGAGGUGCUUCCGUGAGUUCUGUACCCCGAGCCCGUCCGUGCUGGAGCUCCAGAACUCCUCCCGCAUCGGCACGGCCCACCGCCACCUCCAGCAGGGGGACAACAACAGCGCCAACACGGGGGAGAGGACCAAUCCACAGGUUGAGAACAGGCUGACCCUCACGCUCUCUCCACCCAGCCAGCUGGGGUACGCUAGCUGGCCGGGCUACCCUAGCUGGCUGGGCUACCCUAGCUGGCUGGGCUACGCUAGCUGGCGCCACAUAGUCGCAUAG